UUGUGACCAGAUAGUCUUAUCUGUGUACAUAUAUGAGCGUUGGACGGAUGUGGGCCUGAAUGGAUAGCGCUCUUGGCCCCUGAUAAGCUAGAAGCAAACGGAAAUGUUAAAUGUCCUUUAUAAAGGGAGGAAUACCCUUAUUAUAAAAGGCAGACUUAACCUCCCAUUGCACUGGUCUUUUGCUCCCAAUUCAAAGGAACCAUGUGUGUCUUCCUCCUGUUCCUUCUGUUCGGCGAGCUGCUCAACAGCGCCACCUGCUGCCCUGAUGGCUGCAACUGCCAUGAGAAGGUAAUCGAGUGCAGAGGGGGCAUCACGGACGUGCCCUCUCCAUUGUCCCCCCAAAUAGUCCUGCUACGGUUGAUUAACACUCAGAUAACUGAGCUGGAUGAGCAAAGCUUGCACCGCUUGCCUGCUCUGCUUGGACUCGACCUUAGCCACAGUCAAGUAAAAACCGUACACACACGGGCGUUCAGGCACGUACCACGACUCCGUUCCCUGAGGCUAUCCUUCAACAAGCUGUCAUCCAUUCCCGGGCAGGUGUUUGGCAACCUAACCGGCCUCCGUCAGCUGUUACUUAGUGGCAACGAGCUGGAGACGAUCCCUCCAGGCUUGUUUGACGGGCUUCUGCAGCUGGACCUGUUGGACCUCAGCAGUAACCGCCUGGCUUACCUUGACGAAAAUGUCUUCUGGAACCUUGAUAACCUUACCGUACUGGAUCUGGGGAAGAACUCUCUUAGACAACUCCCUGUAUCUGUGUUUAGCCCGUUGGCUAAAUUGCAUUCCCUCCGCCUGUAUUUCAACCAGCUGGAGUCUCUCCGACCUGGAAUCUUUGACAACAUGACAGAGCUUCUUGAACUGGACCUCUUCCAAAACAACAUCAGUCAACUCGCCCCCCGCCUGUUCUGGAACAUUCCCAAACUAGAGAAGCUGACGCUGUCCCGGAACCAACUCCAGACCUUCCCACACCAGAGUUUUUACUACCUGCCUAGAAUUACUUUCCUCAGUAUCUACGUAAACCCUUUCACCUUCCUACCUGACCAGCUCAUUGGACACAUGCCGGCACUCAAGGAAUUUUACCUGUAUGAAACGGAGUUAGACACCCUUCCAGACCAUCUGUUUUGUAAUAUGACCACACUGGAAAACCUUUCGGUCAGUUUUAACAAGAAGCUCCGGCAUCUUCCGAAAAACAUCUUCUCUUGUCUGUCCAGCCUCAGCCGGCUCAAACUGGAAGCCAACAGCCUUGAAUUCCUCCACCGGGACCUAUUUUCUGGCAUGAUCAACCUAGACACCCUGAUUCUCAGUUUCAACAACCUACGCACUCUCCCGAAUGAUAUCUUUCGCAACAUCCCGAGACUUGCCAAUGUAAGUCUGGAUAACAACCAGUGGGAAACCCUUCCUGGAGAGGUUCUGUCAAUGGCAGCCAUGUUGAAAGAUGUCACUUUGGGACACAACCCCUGGUUGUGUACCUGCGAUAUCCUGGACUUUGCGGAAUGGGUGGGCCAGAAGCAAAGCAUAAUUAAAGAUUACGAACAAGUACUUUGCUAUAUGCCACCUCAUUUGCGGAACGUCUCCCUGGGCUCAUUAUCCUCUGAGAUGGUCCAUUGUUGGGCUACCACUAAAGUUGAUUUUCUUCCUCCAACCACUGAAGAAUACAUUCUGUCUCCAGCUGCCCAUAGUGCCGUCCUUCUUCCUCCAACCACUGAAGAAUACAUUCUGUCUCCAGCUACCCAUAGUGCUGUCCUUCUUCCUCCAACCACUGAAGAAUACAUUCUGUCUCCAGCUGCCCAUAGUGCUGUCCUUCUUCCUCCAACCACUGAAGAAUACAUUCUGUCUCCAGCUACCCAUAGUGCCGUCCUUCUUCCUCCAACCACAGAAGAAUACAUUCUGUCUCCAGCUACCCAUAGUGCCGUCCUUCUUCCUCCAACCACAGAAGAAUACAUUCUGUCUCCAGCUACCCAUAGUGCUGUCCUUCUUCCUCCAACCACAGAAGAAAACAGGAUUCCUGAAAUUGUGACCACUUUGUCUCCAGCUUUUCUGACUCCAUCUCCAUCCGAUAGCACCACAAUACGACCCACCUCCUCCAAAGGUCACCCCCUAGAGGGCGGCUCCAGUAAUCUUUCGCUGGCUUUUUAUAACGUUGUUAUCCUGGAGCCAGAGGACACCAUUUUGCACCAUAAUCGAUUGAGUGGCUGGGUUUACCUGUGGACACUGCCCCCUAGUGGCUCGUAUUUCACGUUCUUGGUGGUUUUCCAUGUCCUACUGGUGGCCAUAGGGAUAGCUUUGAUUGUGGCAAGUGUCUAUGUGCUUUAUAGAUUGGAUCAGGCCAUAGAGCAAGUAGCUAACGGGACUGUGAACGAAAAUAACAGAAAUCCAUCAGGAAGAAAGCACAGAUUCUCAGACAAGAUAUAAUCCUGGCAUAUGCCACAAAGGAUCAUACAUUAACAUUAACCAAUGUUUCUUAAACCAUGGUUCAGGGCUCAAAAUGGGUCAUGGGAGUUUAUGAGGUGGGUCCUAGAAUUACUCUUUAUUCCACUAGGCAAUGCCAGUAUGUGUGUUUGUUGUGUCAUUGAAAGGUACUAAAUUUCUCAUUUGUGUUGCUAAAUUAAAAGUAUUUCAAAUUUCGGUCAUAAUAUUGAAAAUGUAACAUAAAUCAUACAUCAUUUGAACAUUUACCAUGUUAUCAAUGUGUACAAUAAUUUUUAUUUUGUAUGUAUUGUAUGUGUAAUUCUCUUAAGUACCCUUUCUUUAAUUCACUAAUUUCAUAUGCUUGCAAAUACUACCGUGUAUUAACAGUUUAAACAAGUGUUUUUACUAUAUAUUACAUUCUUUAUGAUGAGGCAAAAUGUUAAUGGUUAAUUGCUGUAUUGGUAUCCUUCACAGAAGGUCUAGGCAAAUGUUUUUGUUUGUGGCUUUGUGUGUACGUAUGUUCAUGAUGUUGAAGCCACCAUAUUAGAUACAAACAGAAAAGUUUCACUCAAUAACUAAAUAUGCAGAGAUGGUAGAAGAACCAUUAAAGGAUGGUUAAGCAGUCAUUUAUGUUCACCUAUUUCUUUAAUGAAGAGCAGGCAGUCUAUGCUGGUUAUCGUUUUUUGUACUUUAUUCUGAAAACUUGAUGGCAGACUUGAUGGCACUGUCUUUCAUUGAAGCAAGCAAAGUUAAAUUUCUGUUUCAAAUAUACUGUAAUAUUGUAA